AUGCCCGCGACAAGCUCGCUAGAAGAGCAGGCAAUCGAUCGCGAGUAUCCGCAACAGCAACGACAGCAUCAUCGUCGUCAUCAGGAACUUCAACCAGAACAGCCGCAGUUUAAUUUCCGCGACCCCAACCGUAGCGAGACUGUGCUUCAAUCUCAACUUAACAAUCAGCAGGAUACAGACUCAGGAAUAUAUUCACAGCAUCAACAGCAUCACCAGAAUCCAUCCAUUUCUCAUACCCAGUCUAAUACUCGACUCGUCGUCCCAUCCGUGCCCGGUGUCCGCUCCACUUCACCCUCAUCUUCUGUUUCGCCUCUACCGACACCUUCGAUAUCUCCUUCGGCUUCUGCCAUAUCCAUUGACGCACCAUACUCCUCUCGAGGUCCUUCGUCGCCUAUCCAAACUCCCUCUUCGACGAGUGCUGAGGCUCACGGCGGCCAUCCUCAACGAGAGUCCUCCGAGCAUAACAGCUCCGAACGGGCCAGCGCAGACAGCUAUAGCCAUUUACAUCAAGAGCGCAAUCCGUCCAACAUGGCCAGCUGGUCAGGACAGCCUGCUAUUAGGGGCAACUCUGAAGCAGUGCGCAUGAUUCUAUUGAGUUUCGUCACCAUUGGCAUAACUUUCACUUGGGGUAUUGAAAUGACUUAUUGCACGCCGUAUCUUCUCAACCUUGGACUAACCAAAAGCAAUACUUCGCUGGUAUGGAUUGCUGGUCCAUUGUCGGGUCUUGUAGUUCAGCCUGUUGUGGGCGUCAUUGCGGACGAAAGCAAGUCUAAAUGGGGACGUCGAAGACCGCUGAUGGUUAUUGGUUCCAUUAUUGUUGCUAUCAGCCUCUUAAUUUUAGGUUUUACGCGUGAAAUCAUCGGUUACUUCAUAACUGAUGAAGAGGCUGCGAAGCGACCCACGAUAGUACUGGCUGUGUUAGCCAUCUAUGUUGUCGAUUUUGCCAUCAAUGCUGUAAUGUCAUGUUCAAAGAGUCUUAUCGUGGAUACUCUACCGAUUGAGAAGCAACAAUCGGGCGCAGCUUGGUCAAGCCGCAUGUCCUCCAUUGGCCAUAUGAUUGCGUAUGGGGCUGGGGCGGUUGAUCUUGUAAGCAUCUUUGGGAAAACACUGGGCGAUACACAGUUCAAGCAGCUUACCGUCAUCUCAACGGUUGCUCUUCUGGGCUCAACGGCGCUCACGUGCUGGGCUGUUACAGAACGUGUGCUGUUAACCUCAAAACCUGCCAAACACGAGGGCCGUUUUAAAGUCUUUCGCCAGAUCUGGUCGACGUUGCUCAACUUACCCCCUCGCAUACAGGCCAUCUGCUGGGCACAGUUCUGGGCUUGGAUCGGUUGGUUUCCAUUUCUGUUCUACAGCACCACAUGGGUGGGCGAGACGUACUUUCGCUACGAUGUGCCUGCCGAUGCCAGAAAAUCCGAGGAUACUCUGGGUGCGAUUGGCCGCAUAGGAAGUACUGCACUGGUCAUGUACUCUUUGAUCACAUUCGCGGGUGCUUGGAUUUUGCCCAUGCUGGUUCAAUCACCUGAGGACAAUGCAUUUACUCAUCGACCUCCUCAAGCCAUUGCAGGCCUCUUGACUCGCUUCAACAAGUUGAAGCCUGAUCUCUUAACAGCUUGGGUAUUUGGGCACCUGAUGUUUGCCGCAUCCAUGGCCUUGGCGCCUUUUGCAACUAGCUUCCGGUUUGCAACGGUUUUGGUGUGUCUUUGUGGCAUACCGUGGACAUUGGCCAUGUGGGCUCCAAGUGCCUUUCUCGGCGUUGAGGUCAACAAGAUGAGCGGGGAGACGGGUGCGGAUGGUACCUAUCGACGUAUCUCAGAUGAGCCAGAUAUCGAGCUUUCCGAGAUCAGCCAUAACGAUGCACCUUUACACUUGGAUCAUGGUUCAGAAGUCGACCUACCUUCUACAGCCUCCACGGGCGAGCUGUCGGGCAUCUACUUCGGUAUCCUUAACAUCUACACCACCCUCCCGCAGUUUGUAGGCACAUUCAUCUCGACCAUUGUUUUUGCAAUCCUUGAGCCUGGUAAGAGUCCUGAGCUAGCGGGCGAUACCAAGAAGCAACCUGAACCCGAUGGUCCAAAUGCAAUUGCGGUGUGUUUGUUCAUUGGAGCCAUGAGUAGUGUAGUUGCGGCAUACGUAACCCGAAAGCUGAAGGUUAUGUAA